AUGCCCCAGCAAGGCCGACUCGAGAGACUCUACUCGCGGGUUACAUCCCACAUCGGAGGCCAGCCACUCGGCAUCGAUCUCAGGGAUGGGCUCGCGCCCAUGGUGCAACGCGCUUCCAGCAUCAUACCACACCCAGUCGCGAGGGUCUUUAAGCUUCUCAUUCUUGCACUUGUUCUUUUUAUUGCCUACCUCAACCUGCCCUCCCUGCGACCUUACACCACAGACCUGGUUCUGAACACAACCGAACUGGGACAUCCUAUUCUGAAACCAGUCUCCCCCGACGACCACAAAACCACCGACCCAGUCGCUUCAUCGAGUCAUGUCAUGAAUUGUGGCGCCGACGUUGACCGACUCGCCAAGAUCAGAGACAGAUUCAAGCUUGACGACGAGGUCGAGUACCUGAAGCGCUAUGUCCGCAUCACCCGUGAGCCUAUCGAGCGACAAUCGCGCACUUUCCUACCGCAGCGAUUCCUCCCCGAAGACGACGAAGGGCAGGGACUCCAAGUGCUCGACUUGACAAAAAAUAUGCAGCACGAGCAGACGUGUCCAGAGCCAUUGGAGAUCGCCGUGACCCAGUCCCCCUCCCCGGCUGAUGCCGAUCUCUCCGACUUCAUCUUCGCCAUCUCUACCAAUGUCAAACGCAUGAGAGACCCUCUCAUUGUCGAUGAGUGGGCUUUCUGGUUGACCAAUGGUCUUGGACAGUCCAACGGAGGCAAACUUCUCCUUCGACUCAUCGAUGCCUCGGAUCCAGAGCUCACGGAUGCCGCGCAGCGAUUGGCCGAAGCUGGCGUUGAUGCCCAGGUCAGCGCGCUCGACAGCCGGCUACACAAAGAAAUGGCCGUGCGAUAUCUCGAUCUAGUGCCCAUGCUCUACUUCCACCCGGACUCGGUCAACAGGAAAUGGCUCGUUCUGUGUGACGACGACACCUUCUUCCCAUCCGCGCAUAGUCUUGUCGAACGCGCCGUCAAGACACAUGGAUCCCAGGCAUUUGGUGGCGCCGGCGUAUUCAUCAGUCGCCCCCUCGCCCAGGUGCUCUCGACAGUGCACGAGACAUGCAAGACACGGGCCAAGAUUCGGCAGUCCAACUCUGGAUGGGGCCCGCAGGGCGAUAUUCUUCUCCGAAAGUGUAUCUACGACAAUACGGAUAUACGGCUAUCACAGCUGCAUGGUCUUUGGCAGUUUGACAUUAAAGGAGAUGCAUCGGGAUUUUAUGAAUCGGGGCGCAGUCCCUACAGCAUUCACCAUUUCAAGGGAGGGACGAAAUGGCACACCACCUACCCCCUGAACGCCACUAAGAUCGCAUACACCUGUGGCCAGGACUGUCCGUACCAGCGAUUCAUCACAGAGGACGAUUUCAUCAUCGCGAAUGGAUACAGCAUCGCCCAGUACCCGCACGGCGUGGAGUUCAAUCUGGAUCAAGUUGAGCGCACGUUCCGCCCUCAAGGGAUGGAAAAGGAAUGGAACUUCGACUACAUGUACGGCCCGCAGCGCCCUUCCUUAUCAGGUACAGGAAAAAAGAUCUCUUGGGAGCUUGGUGACGCUCAGGCCAAUCUGGAGGAUGGAGUCACAAUACAGACGUAUAUCCGUAAGAAGGAUGACGUGCGCUGGACGACUGAGGAUGGGAAGCCUAUGAAGUCGAUUGAUGGGAUUAUCGAACUUGUCUGGAUUUCUGCAUAG